CUGCAGCAGUGCGCCUCUCCGUUGAGCUGUCUCCGGUAAUGUUCCAGAGGAUACGCACGCCCCUCUCCGCCCCUGCCGAGAGACAGGUGGUCGGACUGUUAGCCUCCAUCCUCCAGCGCUGCCCCUCAUAAUAAACAGGAAAAAAUAAAUAAAAAUCUGUUGACAGCACGAGAGGGGUCGGUCGGCGCGAGCGCGUCCCCGAUGGACUUCCAGCGUGUGACCUCCGCGAGCACCGGGCGGACCGCCGGGGAGGGGGGCAGCAGCCGGACCGCACGAGGAGGAGAGCCCCGCCGAUCCAACAGCGACUGUUCUGCAGCGAAUUCCUCGAGAUACCGUCCACGGGAGGAGAUGCACCGACAGAGGAAUGAGAUGCGCGAGUAAAAAAGUUGUCACGAUUUCGAUGGGAAUUUUCAUCUGAGCGGCGGCAGGAUCAUUUGUGACUAUCCUCCGGUCUGGGAAGUUCCCUUGGGGGGGUUUCAUUAUGGCUUCAGGCGCCGGUAAGGCUGCACAGCCCCCCGGGCCGGGCUCCGCCGUUAACGGGACUGCGGCAGACUUCCCCAACAUCGAGCAGGAGCUGUACGACUACCAGAUGCACAGCAAAAUGUGCAAGAAGAUCGCUCAGCUCACCAAGGUGAUUUAUUCUCUGAACAUGAGGAACGAGGAGCAGGAGGCGGCGCUGCAAGCUUUGAGCCACGCCCACCACGACGAGCUCCACCGCAUCCUGAUGGAGACGUGUCACGAAGGGGAGGGCUCAGCGCUACGGACCCGCCUCCUGGAGCUGCAGGAGUCUCUGGAUGAGCAGCAGAGAGUCGGCGCCCAGGUGCAGGCAGACUUUGAGAUCUUCCGCAUCCAGGCGGAGGAGAGGGAGCGUGAAACUGAAGCGGAGCUGAGAAAAGAGUUUGAGGAGCAGCUAAAGGCUGCAGAGGGGGAACUCCAGCAGGCCAAGGCCCAGGUCAGCGCUGCCCAGGAGGAGAGCGAGUCCCUGAGCGAAGAACUGGAGAAGGCCAGGGAGCAGCUCCAGAAGCUGGACGCCAAAUGUGAGGAGCUACAGAAAUCUGCUGACGAGGAGAAAAUAAGGAAAGAAGAGAGACAAAGAGAAGACGAGGAGAAAAAGAAAGAGGAGGAAGAGAGAGAGUCAGAGCAGCGCGAGGACUUGGAAAGAGUCAAAGCCCUUUGGGAGGAGCUGAGGGCGCUGAAGGAGGACAGGGACCGAGCAGACGAGGAGAAGAGGCGAGCGGUGAAAGAAGAGCGGGAGCAGUGGGAGCAGAAGGUGAAUGAUCUGAACGAGGAGAAAGAGGAGAUGAGGAAGAAGAUCGAGGCCGAGUGGAGGGAGGAGCGGCAGAGGUGGGAGGAGAGGGAGGAGGAGGAGAAGAAAGGGAUGCACAGCGCGCUGCGAGAAAGAGUGAAGAGAGCUGAAGCAGAGGUGGAAGGUCACCUGGAGAGGUUGGCUGAAAGCAAGAGGAGCACGGUGAAACUGCAGGAGCGGAUCCAGGACCUGGAGGAAGAGCUGGAGCUGGAUCGGAGGCGCGUGACGGAGGCCGAGGGCGUGGCUAAACGGGCGGAGGAGGAGCUGGCGGUCGCCAAGGAGAGGCUGCUGCUGCAGGAGGACGAGCUGCAGAGCAGAGCAGAGGAGCUGCUGAAUCGUGGAGGCUGUGAGGUUUGUGUUUGUGCUGAAAUGGAGGAAAUGAGGAGCCAAGUGAGUCGUCUGCAGAGCAGGAACAGAGAGCUGGAGCUGCAGAGUAGCGGCCGAAACAGUGACCACGCCCGGCAGAUACGCCAGCAUGCUGAGGCCUUGUCCAGUCUGCGCUCAGAGAUGGUGAGAGCCCAGACAGAGGAGCUGCGUCGCAUCCAAAAACAUGCCGACGACGAAAGGGACAAGCUGCAGAAGGAGAUAGAAAGAGAAAGAGAGAGCCUGCAGAGGGAGAGGGAGCAAGAAAAGGACCAGUUCGAGAAGGACAGGAACAGAAUGCGCAAAGAAAGAGACGAGGAGAAGGAGGUGCUGCACAAAGAAGUGGAAGAGGUCAGAGAACGUGUGAGGAGAGAAAAAGAGGAAGAGGUGGACCGGCUGCGCAAAGAACUGGAAGUCGAGAGGGUGCGGAUUCGAUCCCAGUUGGACAAGAACAUUGAGCAGGUCGAGGCGGAGAGAGCGAACGUGCAGCUGAAGCUGGAGGAGGAGAAGAAGAGGCUGGUGGAGAAGGCCGAGGAGGACAGGAAGCGGCUGAAGGAACAAGUGCGGAAGGCGAUUGAAGAGGUGAUGAGGAGACAUGCGGCUGAACUAAACAGCGUCCAGGAAGCUCUGAGCUCUGAGAAGAAAACCAACCAAGAGGUGUGUGUGCGUUUGGAGGAGGAGAGGCGAGCUGCCGAGGAGCAAAGAAGCGGGAUGGAGAAGGAAACAGAUGAGCUGAGGACAAAACUGAAAGACGCCACCAGUGAGGUUUGCCGGCUGGAGUCGGUGAUCCAACAAAGAGACAAGAAAGAAAAGGUGGCCCCUGAAGCUGCACCCUCAUGUGGACCUCAGUGCUCUCGUCUGGAAGAGGAGCUCCAUCAGGCUCUGAGUCGACUGGCUCGGAUUCAGGAGGAGGCGGAGAGGCAGCGAGACAGACAGCAGAGAGAGAUCGCAUCCCUGAGAGCUGACAAGCAUCGGCUGGAGGAGAAAGUCCUGGAACAGAGCCGGCUGAACACGGAGAGGAGUCUUCUUGAGCAGAGCCAGCGGCACACCGAGGACCGGAUCAGGGCAGAGUGUGAAGAUCGUCUCAGAGCAGAGUUCAGGAUAGAGAUGAACGCUGCCGUCGCUGAGAGUGAACAGAGAUGGCAGAACCGAGAGCAGGAGCUGCACAGCCAGAUAUCUGAGCUGCAGGGUCAGCUGAGCGAGUCACAGGCAGAGAAAAAGAAGGCGGGACAGGGAGAUGAUUGCCACGGCAACCCCGAAAUCGAGAGGCUGAGGAAGGAGGUCCAAGACACCAAGGAGAUAAACAAGAAAUUGAGGGACUUGCUGCAGGAGCCCCAAACCCAGUCUUCAGCUGAGGAGAGACACAGUCACGCCAUGGCGCUGCAAGCCUUAGAGAGACAGGCAAAAGAAGAUCUGCUGUCUGAGAGGAACAGACUUCAGACAAUGCACCACCUGGAGCUCGAUAAGCAGCGUGCGGAGCUGACCCAGCAGCACACGGAGUGGAGCAGGCAGAUGACCCAGAGACACAUGCAGCAGAUAGAAGACCUGCAGGCCCAGCUACAGGCGCACACACAGAUGAUGGCUCUGCAACAGGAUCUGAAGCAGCAGAACCAGUAUCAGGUGUUUGAGCGACAGCUGGACGAGAGUCGCUGUGCCAUGCUGGAGCUGCAGAGGGAGAAUGCAGCACUAAAGAAGCAGUUAAAGGAACGAUAUCCAGAAAAACAGCUGCCAAAGCAUUCAAACCCGCCACGACACACACACACAGACUCACAAGACGAAAACAACUCCAGCAGGUCAGUACAGAAGAAUUCAGAGGCCGAAGAGAAAGAAGAGGAAAGCACAGAACUGAGGAAGAAGAGAGACGCCCAGCUGGAAGAAGAAGCACAACGUCUGAAAGAGGAAGUGGAGAAACUGAGGGUGGAAAUGGAGAAACUGGAGGAAUCCCAGAAACACUGGGAGGAGAGGAAAGACGAGGACAUAAAGGAAGAGGAGCUGGACGAGGAGAAGAAGAAGGAGCGGGAGGAGGAGAAGAGGAGGGAGGAGGUGGAGGAGAUCAGGAGGGAGCACAAGAGGGAGAUGCAGAGUUUGGUCUCGGAAUACAGCAGCGCUCAGACUCACCUGCAGGCUCGAAUAGUGGCUCUGGAGAACGAAUUUAACUGCAGAUUGCGUGAGCGGGAGGAGCGGUGCAGGAGGAGGGAGCCUCGGUGUGACGACCUGCAGCUGGGGAGACUCCAGGAGAGACUGACGGAGAGAGACCAGCUCAUUAAAAGAUUAGUGGAAGAGAGGCAUCAGCUGCAGCUCCACCCUCCUGUUGCCGGGGACAACAGCACCCUCAGGCUCCGUGACAGCAAGUCCCGCCCCGGGAGCAUCACGCCAACCAUGAGGAGGAAGCGCGUGGACUCGCCUCCUCGUGUCACCAGCAUCUCCGGCGCCGGUACCUACGACAGGAGCGUCUUUCAGCCCCACUCCUCGUCCUCGUCUUCCUCCUCCUCCUCCAUCCAUCAGCACUCCUCCUCCACUCUCCCCCACCAGUCCUCCUCCCACCCCCACACCUCCCCCCACUACUCCACCUCCUCCCUCCCGCACAAGCACACCUCCCUGUCCCUCAGCCAACAUUCCUCCCCCUCCCUCCCCCGCUCCACCAGGUCCCGGACCUCCUGCAUCCCUCCCACUCCGGCGCCGACGGCUCCUCUCCCCGUCUGCCCCUCGCCUCAGACGGGCAUCCGAUACGUGUCCCCCUCCUGCCAGGAGCCACAUGCACACCUGCAGGCCCACUCGAUCAGGGGCCCAUACCUGGAGCAGAGGGGGACUGAAGGGCUGAAGCAGGAGUGGUUCACCAAAUACUUCUCCUUCUGAGCACAAAACACACACGAACACACACACACAGCAGCUGCAAGUACAUCUCAUAUACAGUUCAUUGCUUCUUAUACACAUCUGUUCGCUUCCCACACACAUACACGACUUUUAAAAACACAAACAGACACAUUUACAUUAACGGACAUACAGGCUCAUCACCAGCAAGGCCAUCUCAAACAUUGCCUCAAAGCUCAACCAAAAAGUGCUUCUCAAACACAUGCCUGACCUCUUCUCAGAACAUAAGGCCUGCCGGAUCUUGUUUGUAUAGUUUGGAAUGUCUCCGUAACUUUUUUUUAAAAAAAAGGCAGUCUUCCUUUUUUUAACUGUUGCUCUGAUCUCAUCACACGGUCCCUCCAGGCAAGUGUACAUUUCCUAAAAUCAAACAACCAAGUGUCUCUUUUGAGUAUGGAAGCAUUCGACAUAUUCAACCAAGAUCCACAUCAAAAUGGACACACACGACUCACCAUACCAAAAUGAAGCUUGUUUCAAUGCAAAAAUGUAUAAAUAUCUUAAUGAAGAAAUUGAAUAAAAUAUUUUGUUUUUGUAA